GAGUGACUAGGCCGGACUCGUACGGGAUCGCAACUAGUAUUUAGUGCAGAGCUGGCCAGCUCAAGCUCUCAAUUUGUGCCUGCUGUAUAUAAAUUGUACAGGGAGCUUUUGAAAGCUUUGGCACGCGUGCCUAUGAAGUGGCCAACUCUAAUUUAAUGCAAUUGUAUAGAACACUUUUGGGAAUUUGUCAACAAAAUAAUUUUUAUAAUUUGCUACUAACUCGUUAACCGCUUUAUAAAAUAUCGGUUUAACUUUUGAAAAGAAAAUUUUAAUGAAUAGUGUUUAUAGAGUAUUUUCAAAUAUUGUAAAUACUCGAUAUAUCGAUACUGACGUCGAUAUGUUUACAACACUAGGCAAUUGGUUGCGCUUAAAAUUCUUAUUUUGGUGAUAAAACAUAGGUGAUAAAUGAUUAUAAAUAUAAAUAUUGGGCUGCUGGGUCAUGUAGAUUCGGGCAAGACCACAUUAGCACGUGCUUUGAGUACUAUCGCCAGUACGGCUGCCUUUGAUAAGAACCCACAAUCGCAGGAACGCGGUAUCACACUUGAUUUGGGAUUCAGUGCAGUGGUGGUCGAAGCGCCCGCAAGCCUUAAAUGCAUUUCUCCUCAAGUGGAACAGGUGCAGUUCACAUUUGUGGAUUGUCCAGGGCAUGCUAGCCUCAUCCGUACAAUAAUAGGCGGUGCGCAAAUUAUUGAUUUAAUGUUACUGGUUGUUGAUGCACAAAAAGGUAUACAAACACAAACUGCAGAGUGCAUAGUUAUUGGCGAGCUGUUACGGCGUAAAUUAAUAAUAGUUGUGAACAAAAUAGAUUUACUAGAACAAGCGACACGUGCAGCACAAUUGCAAAAAUUAAAUGCAAGGCUGCGCAAGACACUGGCACAAACUACAUUUGAUCCCGUAAGCAGUAUUGUCAAUGUAUCUGCAAUGGAGAGGAUCAAUGUUGAGGAACUUUUGGACACUAUUGUUUCUCAAAUUGAAAUACCCAAACGCAACAAAGAGGCACCACUAGUUAUGUAUUCGGAUCAUUGCUUUUCCAUUAAAGGGCAGGGCACCAUUUGCACGGGCACUAUAGUACAGGGCUCCAUUGACGUUAAUGAUUUAGUCGAAAUACCUGCCAUAAAAGAACAACGAAAAGUAAAAUCAAUACAAAUGUUUCGCAGACCUGUACAAUCCGCUGCGAUGGGAGAUCGGGUUGGUAUUUGUGUACCACAAUUUAAUGCGAAAACAAUGGAGCGUGGCAUACUGGCAAAACCAGGUUAUUUGCACAAUGUUUACGCAGCAUGUAUUCGUAUGAAUCGUAUACGGUUUUAUAAAUUUGCAAUACGCUCCAAAAGUAAACUGCAUAUAACAAUUGGCCAUGACACAGUAAUGGCAAACGUAACGCUUUUCAAGAGCAUUAGCACUGAAUCAGAAGGCACUUUCAACUUGAACAACGAGUACGAGUUUAUUGAAGAACUGGAACCAGUAUCAAAUGUGGAAACGCAAGAGCACAUAUUUGCUCUACUUGAAUUUCAAACGCCAAUAUUGGCAAAUGCCAAUGCAACGCUAAUUGCUGCCAAGCUGGACUUGGAUGCUCAAAGCAAUAGCUGCCGCUUAGCUUUUUGGGGCCAAAUGAUUUGGUAUACGCAUUCCAACAAUUACGCUUUAGACGAGCUACAAAAAUUCAAAGUGUUUAAGCGAAAGUUAAAGCAGGGUUACAUCCAAAGGCUCGUCAAUGAGAAUGAAGUUAUUGUGGAUAAUCUAUUUAGUAAACAGGGUAACCGAGAUGUGUACAUUGGAAAGGUAGUGGAAUUGUCGACAGGUGAAAGAGGCGUUAUCGAAAGCACCUUUGGACAAAAGUCAAAAGUGAAAGUACACUUUCCAAACGGCCUGAAAACGGGAACACUUAAUGAGCUGAAAAGCGGACGCUUUAGCAGCAUACAAGUUUUACUUAGAUUUAAAAAAUAUAUUUUCAACAAGCAACUGUUGCUGGUACAAUAAAAACAUAAACUAACUUUUUUCAUGCCGAGGAUGGA